AAGCGGCCGCGGGCGGCUCGGGGGGCAGCGCCACGAUGCCGGGGCUGCUCCUGCUGCUGCUGCUGCUGGCCCCCCCCGGGCCCCCUCGGCAACUGCCGGCCGGCCUCGGGGCUUCUCCUCCCAGGGAAGCGCGGCGAGUGCCCCCCGCCCAGCAGGAUCCCCCCGCAGCCCUGCGACAGGUUCUGCUCCUCGGACGAGGACUGCCCGGGCAGCGAGCGCUGCUGCAGCACCGGCUGCGGACGGGAGUGCCGGCUCCCCGCCGGAGCCAAGAGGGGCUUCUGUCCGCGGCUGGACCCUAACCUGGUGACCAUCUGCCUGGUGGAGUGCGGCAGUGACAGCAAGUGCCGAGGCACGGAGAAGUGCUGCAACAUGGGCUGCCACAUCCACUGCACGCAGCCGGUACCAGCCAAACCGGGCGUCUGCCCCAAGAGAAGGGUGCUGCAGACCUUCGCCCCCUGCAACAGCUCCUGCAGCGAUGACACCGACUGUCCUCGCCAUGAGAAGUGCUGCUUCACAGGCUGCGGCCGCGGCUGCCUGCCUCCGGUCAGAGGUACCGGGCUCCCGCUCCUGCCCGCUGGUUGGGACCACCGGCUGGGUCCUGCUGCCUCCAACGGCCCCGUGUCCUCGGGUAACAUCUGUCACCUCCCGCCCGUGCCUGGCCCGUGCAGGGGACACUUCCGUCACUACGCCUACAACCCUGCCACGGGGACCUGCCAGCCAUUCAUCUACAGCGGCUGUGGGGGGAACCCCAACAACUUCAGGACGAUGGAGGAGUGCCAGCAGGUCUGCCAGCAACUGGGUGAGAGGAGGGGCUGGACUGGGCCAGACUGGGCUGCCCCUGCCCCGGCAGAGGGAAAGCCAAGGAGUGACCCUGAGGAGGAGGUGGCAGCGGGGCCUGGACCCCCUGCAGGACUGGCAGCGCGGGGGGCCGGGGUCUGCGGCGCUGCUGGCUGCUGCGCUCUGCCCCAUGCAAUAAAGCUGCCAGGACGCCUGGCUUGCAGCAGCACAGCCUCCACUCCACGUCCACCUGUGCUGGAGCUGCGAGCCCAGACCCUGGCAAAGCCUGGGGACCCCGUGCCUGGCAUGCGGGGCGCAGGCUUGCUCAUGGUGGCCAGUGGCCCCAGCCAGCCCCUCUCGCCAGGCUUUCAGCCCAGCCUCCCCCAGCAGGCAGCUGCAAUCACCUCCAAAUCGAUGGCGCUGUGCCGGCAAGCUCGUCUGAAAGCUCGUCUGCUCCAGCUGCAGCGGUGCCGCGUGUCCCCGGCACUGCUCUGCCCCGGCCACCCUGGCACACCUGCAGCCCCCCGGGAAGGGCCGGCCGCCUCGGGGGGCUGCGCGGCUGCAGGGACCUGCCGGAGGGUGCUGGGGGCGGCCGGUGUGUGCGGGAGCCGUGUGCCCAGGCGAGCCCACCGCCGCCUCCCUGGAGCCUGGCUGGGUGUUUCUGCCCCGUGCCAGCCUCUCCUGGCCUUCAUCCCCAGCUGA